GCGGGACAGAUGGCUUACGGUUCUGGUCAACGAAUGAAUCUUAAAGUUCUCAAGCGAAUGAUUGACGUUAAUUUUCUUGGUCAUGUUGCCAUCAGCCAACGACUUAUGGAUUGGAUCCCUGAUGAUGGAGCAAUCGUUCUAGUUAGUAGUAUUGUUGGACGUGUUGCUCUUCCAUAUUUAGGAGCCUAUUCUGCCUCAAAACAUGCAGCUCAGGGUUUCUUCGACAGUCUCCGCGCUGAAGACCGUCCGCAACUUCAUAUUUUAACAGCUAGUGUUGGUUAUGUCAAUACAUCAUUGGCAAUAAAUUCGUUGAACGAGAAAGGCAAGACAAUUGGUCGAACAGAUCCUGGACAAGUUGCUGGAAUGAGUCCUGAAUAUUCAGCGCGCGAAAUUGUUGCAGCUGUUGAACGUCGUGAAACAGACCUAUUGUUGGCACCAUUCAUUCCACGUUUACUGGCGAUUAAGUCUUCGUCUUGCCACACCAAAUCUUCUUUGGUUUCUACUCCAUAGACGAUUUCGGAAUAUUUAUGGAAAUUUUGGAAAAUGUUGU